CCGCGGAGCAGUCUCUCUGGCGCUGGUAAAGGUAGCUUCGCGGCCGGCAGAGUGAGAGUAGUUGCUGCGUUCCUGGGGACCUUCGUCCGCGAUACAGCAGUGCGAUCAUGGCACAACCGCAGACCGCGUCCGGCGGCCUCACCGACGAGGCCGCCCUCGGCUGCUGCUCCGACCCGGAUCCCAGCACCAAGGAUUUUCUCUUGCAGCAGACUAUGCUGCGAAUUAAGGAUCCUAAGAAGUCAUUGGACUUUUAUACUAGAGUUCUUGGAAUGACACUACUCCAAAAAUUAGAUUUUCCCACUAUGAAAUUUUCACUCUAUUUCUUGGCUUAUGAGGAUAAAAAUGACAUCCCAAGAGAUAAAGAUGAAAGAGUAGCAUGGGCAUUCUCCAGAAAAGCUACACUUGAACUGACACACAAUUGGGGCACUGAAGAUGAUGAGGCCCAGAGUUACCACAGUGGCAAUUCAGACCCUCGGGGAUUUGGUCACAUUGGAAUUGCUGUUCCUGAUGUUCACGGUGCUUGUAAAAGAUUUGAAGAACUGGGAGUCAAAUUUGUGAAGAAACCUGAUGAUGGUAAAAUGAAAGGCCUGGCAUUUAUUCAAGAUCCUGAUGGCUACUGGAUUGAAAUUUUGAAUCCUAACAAAAUGAUAACUAUUAUUUAGUUCUGUGAGAAUGCUGCUUUGAGAUUUCAGUGAAGACAUUGUGGAAGGAGCUGAUGACUGUGAGAGAAUCGCUAUGGCUUCCCCAUACAGCAUUCUGACCAGGAUUGCAUACAGUGUAUAUAAAUAUUCCUUGGCAACACAACUGCUUGUGAAGAGGGUUAUAUGAGUAAAGAUGCAUGCUGCUGACAAUAAGAAAAGAACUAACUCUAUCAGAUGUAACAAGCACUUCAGAGGUUCUGGAAUGAGUUGAUAGAGGGUUCAGAACUAUCAGCCACCCUGGUUUCCUUCCAUCUUUGCCAAACUGUCAUUCUCAGCAGUUGUUUGGGAGGCUAAUAAUACCUGUGAUCAAAAACGCCU